CCUCGAACUUCCUGCCUGGUGUUUUUGUUUUUUUCUUCUUCUUUCUUUGCCAGAUUGACUCAGAUCUUGUUCUUUCAUUGAUCUUUCUUUCAUUCGGCUUCUAAAAAAGUCUGAAGCCUUGAUCUGUUCGUGUGCAUCUUGGUGGUCAGCGCUGCAUCAAAAGAAAAACCCGUCUGGAUGCAGAUGAGCUCUACAACAACAGACAGAGACGAUACUAUUGACAGGAAGAGCUGGAUGAUGAGUGCUGCUGAGACUAAGUCGACCCUGGAGUCCAGACUAGACGCCCUGCAGAGCCACUUCACCUGGGACCUGGUCUUUGGAAAGUCCAUCCUUGUCCGUCUCAGGGACACGCUGAAGGACAUCGGCACCGAUGAAAGGAACUACUGGCUGGGUCAUGUUUACAACCUGCAGGGGUUCGUCCACUAUCACAUGGGAUUAGUUGAAGAGGCCCGGAGUUUCCUCAGCAAGGCCACCGAGGCUUUCCAUCAGAUUAGGAAGGGGGACUCAGAUGAUGGUCCCUGGUUGUUGGUGAACUAUGGGAACCUGGCUUGGCUGCACCACUACCUGGGUGAGGAGGAGGAGAGUGAGUCUUACCUGUCAAAGGUGGACGGCCUCAUGAAGGAGUACCCAUCUCCAUCCGAGGACGAGCUCCACCCAGAGGUCUACGCUGAAAAGGCCUGGACCCUGCUGCACUUUGACAAAGACGAGAAGAAACAAGCUGCAGAUUAUUUCCAGAGAGCCAUCAGGAUGCAGCCGGACAUGGUGGAGUGGCAGACCAGCUACGUCCUGGGGUUGUUGAACGCCUCCAAGCACGAGACAAGCUUGAGCGCCGACCUCUUGGAGAAACUACGAGCAGCAAAUGAGAAGGAUCCAGAGAACAUGUACCUCUCUGUUCAAUGUCUCGAACAAAAGGCAAAGGAAAGCGAAGACAUAGAGGAGAUAAAGGAUGAAGCUCGUGAGCUGGCUGAAAAGAUUUUAAUGAAUCCUGUUGGCAGCUACAGUGGCAUGAAAGCAAUACUGAGGCUCUACAAGAAACAUUUCUCCUACGAUGACGCCAUUAUUCUGGCAGAGGAGGCUCUGAGGAAGCAUCCAGACAAUCGCUACCUGAAGAGGUGUGCAGCGCUCUGCUACAAAUGGAAGAUCAUUUAUGAGAAGGACACACUCCCAAGGAAAAGCAUGAUGGACAGAACCAUCGAUCUCCACAAGGACCUGAUCUCACUUUACCCCGACUCUGCUCUGGUGAAGAAGAUCGACCUCGCCAGCAUCUAUGCCAAAUCAAGUGAGGGUCUGCGCAACGCGGAGCAGAUCUACCAGGAGCUGCUGGAGGAGGAGAUGGAGCCCUUAGAGAAGCAGAUGCUCUACAACCGCUACUCCAAAUACUUGACCUUCGACCUGUACGAGCAAAGCAAGUCGAUAGAUUACCUCAUGAAGUCAGCAGAGAUACCUCACCAGAGCUUCUUCCGUGAGAACAGCAUCAAAGACUUGGAGAGUAUCCUGAGACGAGGAAAGAGCCGACGGUGCAGCGAGAUAAAGGAGUUUCUGAAAAACCUGCAGGACUGUAACCCGGUUUGAACUUUUAAUGGAACCAUCCCAAACAAAGGCUUUGCACUAUGUAAAUAAACUGUAUACUUGCAUUAACGCCUGAUUAUGGAAGAAUAAAUGGGAUGUUUGUAGUAAGUUGAGUUUUAGAUGAAAAUGUUGAGUUUCGGCUUUUGUUUUAGAUCCAAACGUCCAGUUAAUAUUUUAAAUAGAUAUCUAAAAGUCUGUUUCUUUUCUUCUUUUUUUUUUUUAACUUAACUUUAACUCUUUGUUUCUUGAAGACGUUUCUCAAUCAACCUUAUCCAGGGCCGAUAUUUGCCUAAGAACAAUCAGAUGCUUCACCCACCCAGUGUUUGUGAAUUAGCUUCCAGGUUAUCACAGGUGUGUCGUUCUCUGUCCAGUCAGAUCAGUUAAAUAUCAUCAGAUAUUAAAGAACAAUUUAAAGCCUCAGCACUUGUCUGAAUACUAAUAACAGAUAAUUUACUAAUUUUUAAAUUUCCAAAAGUUCCUGAAGAUAUCUAAUGUUAUCUGAAUCUAAAUAUCUUAAUUAAUAUUAAAAUCAUAUAAAUCUAAAUUUAAAUCUACAACCCAAUAAAAUGUGAACAAAGUGAAAAGGUGUGAAGUAGCUGUAUGAUUCCCUGUGACCUGGACCACAGUCAGUGCGUUUACACGCAGAGUUUAAUGGAGCUUUGCUCUAAACUCUACUUUCUGACUACAGUCCUUGUCCCAGUUUACAUGCAGCGCAAGAAAAUAUAAUAACUGUCCUCCUCCACACU